CUUGGGAACAUGUUUUAUGUUUAUCUUCAUUAUUUGUCGUCGCCAUUACGCCAAUAAAAGUAGUGGAACAAUAGUUGCUCCACCAACAGUUGCUCCACCAUUGUCUCAACCAGCAUAUGAUAUGGUUCAAGUUUGGAGGGUUGAUGCAUCAACCAUUGAGAGGUUCAUCCAAGAAAUUGCAAGAGAGAAGCCAGUUAGAUUCACAGCUAAUGAACUAUGUAGUUUCCCAAGAAAUUAUUCCAAAACAUUGGGUGCUGGAGGCGUCGGGACAGUAUACAAAGGACAGUUACAUAAUGGGAUAAAGAUUGCAGUGAAGGUUCUGAAUAAGAGUUUAGCCAAAAUAGCUGCUGAGGAGCAAUUCAUGGCAGAGGUGGGAUCAAUUGGUCGAACUCACCAUAGAAAUUUGGUUAGACUAUAUGGUUUUUGCUAUGACCAAUUCAUGAGCGCCCUAGUCUAUGAGUAUAUGGGAAAAGGAUCACUAGACAGAUACUUGUUCAAUGAUAAAAAGGAAAUUGAAUGGGAAAAGUUGCAUGAUAUUGCAAUUGGUACAGCCAAAGGUAUCACUUACUUGCAUGAAGAAUGCCAACAUAGAAUCAUUCACUAUGACAUUAAGCCUGGUAAUAUUCUACUUGAUGAAAACUACUUUCCUAAAGUUGCUGAUUUUGGACUUGCAAAGCUUUGUAACAUGGAUGAUACCCACAUUACACUCACCGGGUAUAGGGGGACUCCUGGAUACUCAGCACCAGAGUUCUUGUUGAAGAAUCAUCCCAUAACACAAAAAUGUGAUGUUUAUAGUUUUGGAAUGGUUUUGUUUGAGAUUGUUGGGAGGAGGAGGAACACUAAUGUUACUCCUUCAGAGAGCCUUGAUUGGUUCCCAAAACAAGUUUGGGAUGAGUUUGAGAAAAAUGAGUUAGAAGCAAUGACAGUGGCUUGUGGAAUUGAAGAGAAGGAUAGAGAGAAAGCAAUAAGAAUGUCUAUGGUUGCUUUGUGGUGUGUUCAAGAUUCGCCAGAAACCAGACCACCAAUGAGUUCUGUGGUUAAGAUGUUAGAGGGAGGAGUGGAGAUCAUGCCACCUACCAAACCGUUUCAUUAUUUGUACUCGAUAGGGAUGGAUGCACUCAAGUCUCCGGAAACUAGUGAUGGUACUAGUAGCUAUUCCACAAGUGAAGAAAGCAAUCUUUAUAAUUGGUACAAGGAUUCUACUCCAAUCAUGAAAAAGUAUGAAAUACAGAUAGCCAGUUCUUUGUAGAAAAUACCAAUCUUUAGAAGUUGUCCCCUGCAUGAAAUCCUUGUCUUUGUGUUGUAGAAAAGUUUGUAUGCGUAGCCUACUAUUACUGUCUUCUCUACGAGUUGAACCUUACUUUAUGUUAAUAUUACUAAUUUACUAUUGCUAUCUGUAUCUUCAUUUACUUAACAUAAUAAAAUAUUGCUCAUAUAUGCACAAAGAUUUAUUAAGAG